AUGAAGUUCAGUUCCAUCAUCGCCGCUGGCGUCCUCUCUGUUUCUGCUCUUGCUAAGAGCAGCUACAAGUAUGAGCGUCUCGACAAGAACGAUGCCGUUCUCCUCGUGGUCGAUAUCCAGGAAGGUCUUUACCAGUUGACCAGAGAUUGGGAUCCUACUCUGUAUCAUCACCAGUCUAUGGCCCACGCUGCUCUUGGUCAGGCUUUCGACAUGCCUGUUAUCCUGACUACCUCCGCUGAUCAGGGCCCCAACGGCCCUCUCAUGCGAGAGAUCCGCGAAAUGUACCCCAAGGCCCCUCUCGUCCAGCGCCAAGGCCAAGUCAACGCCUGGGACAGCGAAGAGUUCCGCGACGCCGUCAAGGCCACCAACAAGUCCCAGGUCAUCCUCGCCGGUAUCACCACCGACGUCUGCACCACUUUCCUCGCUCUCUCUCUCCGUGACGCUGGCUACUCCGUCUGGGCCAACAUGGAAGCAUCCGGCACUACCACCCCUCUCAUCCGCGACAUUUCCAACGACCGCAUGCGCGAUGCUGGUGUUCAGGUUGUUAGCUUGUUCUCUAUUGUCUGCGAGCUUAUGCGCGACUGGAGGAACAAGCCCGGUGCCAAGGAGAUCUACCCUUGGCUUGGACAGUACUACCCUGCUGCUGGUUACAUGGCUCGUGCCCAUGCUGCGGCUAUUACUAACGGAACUAUCCAGCCUGGUGAGGAUGGAUACACUCACUACCCUUAG